AUGAAGCAAGCCUUAAUGCGAGAGGGCUUUCCAACAAACCCAACAACAACAACAGCAACUCGAACACAAUUCCACUUCAUGAGCCGAUGCGUCGUUUUUCUCCUUUCCUUGACGUUUACGGCCAUGGUUUUGAUGAAGGAGGCGAAAGCUGAUUUUAUGGAGAAUCAAAUUCUCUCAACAACAGACAACGAUAACAGCUUCAACCGUUACGGUUCUUCACUAGCUAUGAGUAAUGAUGGAUCAUAUCUAGCUGUAUCAAAGCACCUUAGUUCCGUUUACAUUUACUAUAAGAGUAGUUCGACUUCAAAUUAUGUUCAUCAACACACCAUUAGUGGCAAAGAUUUUGUAACCAAUCCUUGGGGUACUAUAGUCGGUUAUCAGACUCCCUUCAACGGAAUUCAAUCAAUUUCAUUGUCUGGUGAAGGAACUACCAUUGCCAUUGGUGCUCCAAGAUACGGCACCCGAGGAUGUGUCUCUGUAUUCUCAAAGAGAGAUCCAGGAGCUAGUGACUGGUACAGUAGACAAGCCGAUUGCUUGACUGCGUCCUAUUCCUCCGGAACUGCUCAACAAUACAAUGAUCAUUUUGGAUAUUCGGUGGCUCUUUCCUCGGACACAUCAUUACUAGCAGUUGGAGCUCCAAACACGGACAAGGGCUAUGUUUACUUGUUUUCAAAACUGGGAUCAUCAUAUAGUUUGAUGACAACCCUUACAAGCACGGAUGCAGAAUAUCAAUUUGGAACCUCAGUUAAAUUUUCUGUAGAUGCGAGCGUUUUGGUUAUUGGUGCCAAGUUCAAGAACAAUGGUCAAGGUGCUGUUUACGUGUUCUCAAAAGGUAACAGUACCGUGUGGACACAGCAACAAAAAAUUCUUCCACCUGAGCUCAAAGGAGUCUAUCGAUUUGGAAGCUCAUUAGCUGUCUCAAAGGGAGGAAGUACCAUUGUUGUUGGAUCUUGUGAAGAUUCGUUGAACGCCACCGAUGUUGCCGGUUCAGUUUACGUUUUUCAAAAAUUAGGCCAAGCAAAAGAGUACACCCUCUCUCAAAGACUCUGGGCUAAUGAUUCUGUCACAGGUGACAGAUUUGGAUGUAGUGUGGCCAUGUCAGCUGAAUCAGAGGUUAUCAUUGUUGGUGCUCACACUAGGUCGCAUUUAGACCGUACUCUUACCGGUGCCGUUUACGUGUUCAAACAAGUAGAAGGAAGGUCAUGGGUGCAAGAGCAAAGAAUUGUCCCUGACAGCUCCAACACUGAUGACAACUUUGGAUAUGCAGUAGGAAUUUCUUUGGACGGUAGAACCGUAGCAUCGAGUGGUGUUAAAGCGCCUGUGAAUUCAGUAGCCGACAGUGGAAAGGUUUACAUCUACAAAUAA